AUGCUCGCUGGGUUACAGCGUGUUAGUGGAUAUCUGGACGAUGUGGUCGUGGGCGGUAUUGAUGAGGAAGAUCAUUGGAAGAACUUGGAGGCGGUACUCAAGCGACUAAAAGAGUUUGGUUUCACAGUGAGAGCGGAUAAAUGUACAUUCGGUGAAGAGCAGAUCGGCUAUUUGGGACUGUUGCUGGACCGUCACGGGCUGAGACCAGAUCCAGCGAAAAUUGAAACCAUCGUCAAGCUUCCUGUACCGACGGACGUGAGUGGUGUUCGAUCCUUCUUGGGCGCUAUCAAUUAUUAUGGCAAGUUUGUUCCGAAUAUGCGAUCACUACGAUUCCCACUUGAUGAAUUGUUGAAAGAAGGGGCCAAGUUUCGGUGGACUGCCGAGUGUCAGCGCUCCUUUGACCGUUUCAAGCAAAUUUUAGGCUCUGAUCUUCUGCUAACUCAUUAUGAUCCAAGACGUGAAAUAAUAGUAUCCGCUGAUGCAUCUUCUGUUGGAGUAGGUGCCACGAUUAGCCAUCAAUUUCCCGAUGGCACGAUCAAGGUGGUACAACAUGCAGCACGAGCGCUUACGAAGGCGGAACAAGGCUACAGUCAGCCGGAUCGUGAAGGGCUGGCAAUUGUUUUUGCUGUUACGAAGUUUCACAAAAUGGUCUUCGGUCGCAGAUUCCGGCUCCAGACAGAUCACGCACCUUUGCUGAGAAUUUUUGGAUCAAAGAAAGGGAUCCCUGUGUAUACAGCGAAUCGACUGCAACGUUGGGCGUUGACGCUUCUUUUAUACGAUUUUGCUAUCGAGUAUGUUCCUACUGAAAAAUUUGGUAAUGCUGACGUCCUCUCAAGGUUGAUAGAUAAUCACGCCAAACCGGAAGAAGAUUAUGUUAUCGCUAGCAUCAUCCUUGAAGAGGAUAUGAGAUCCGUUAUAAAUGAUGCUUCCGACUUUCUCCCAUUGAGCUUCAAGGUGGUUGGAAAUGAUACCCAUUCCGACCCGAAACUUCGUAAAGUUUACCGUUAUCUGCAAGAUGGCUGGCCCCAGAGAUCGCAAAUUGCGGAUCCAGUUAUAGCUCGCUUCUAUGGCUGCCAGGAAUCGUUGAGCACGGUCGAGGGUUGCAUUAUGUUUGGAGAACGGUUGGUUAUUCCGGAGAAACAUCGUGGUCGAUGCCUGCGUCAGCUUCAUCAGGGACAUCCUGGAAUCCAGCGGAUGAAAGCCAUUGCUAGGAGUUAUGUAUACUGGCCUUCGCUAGAUGAAGAAAUUGUGGAAUACGUCAAGUCGUGUAAGCAUUGUGCAUCUGUAGCGAAGUCACCUCCACACUCGCCGCCGGUCCCGUGGCCUAAGACAACAGGUCCGUGGAAGCGGGUUCAUGUGGACUAUGCAGGACCUAUUGAUGGAGAAUAUUUUCUGUUGGCCGUCGAUGCGUAUUCCAAAUGGCCGGAGAUUAUUCCUACACGGAGUAUAACAUCGACAGUAACGAUAACAAUUCUGAGGAGUUUGUUCGCCCGCUUUGGAAUGCCAGAAGUAAUCGUCAGUGACAAUGGCACACAGUUUACGAGUGUGGAUUUCCAGAAGUUUUGUGCCGACAACGGUAUUCAUCGAAUAACUACAGCUCCGUACCAUCCUCAAUCAAACGGGCAAGCCGAGAGAUUCGUGGAUACAUUCAAGCGUUCGGUGAAGAAGAUUCAGGAGGGAAAGCGUACACUACAUGAAGCACUAGAUAUUUUUCUGCUGGUUUAUCGAUCAACCCCGAACCGGCAAGUAGUUGAUGGGAAGUCUACGUCGGAAUCCAUUUUUGGACGCCGCAUUCGUACGAAUUUGGAUCUGCUUCGUCCGCCAUCUUCUGAAUCAACCAUUCUACCCAAGCCAGAUAAUGAAGGCUCAAAGAAGAGAUGCUUUGCUGCACACGAUACUGUGCAUGCGAAGCUAUACGCUAAAAAUAAAUGGCACUGGGCCCCGGGUGUAAUAUGUGAACGUGUUGGGCAAGUCAUGUACACCGUUUGGGUAGAGGAUCGGCGAUUGAUACGAGCACAUGUGAAUCAACUUAGCGGCCGUUCGAACACUGCUGAAGGUGUGGAAAAUCGGGAACGUGUACGAUCUCAGCUACCGCUGGAGAUACUGUUGGAUUCAUGUGAUCUGCCGAAGCAUUCUUUGGCACCAGUUCCUAAUCAAUUAUCAACGCCACCGUCAAGCUCAUUUACUCAGCUCAAGUAUGCGGCGGAUCGCAAUAUGUCAAGUAACCCGAAUAUGUCCACAACCAAUUCGUCAUUAUCAUCGUCGUCGUCAGGAGCAUCCCCAGAUUUUGCUUCGGCCUGCAGCGGACCUGCUACACCUACACAAGUACUACCACGCCGUUCUUCAAGGAAUCGAAGACCACCGCGUUGGUUUGAUCCGUACCGUUUGUAUUGAAAGAGGGGGAUGUUGGAGUGCGAAUCAUACAAGCUGCUGGGCUCUAGUUGGAAGUGCAAGCUACCACACUAUGAUGCUACUAUUUUAAUUCGUACCUUUGUUCAAUGUAUUUUGAUCGUGAUGUAAAUAAAG